GCCUCCGGUUCCCGCAGCCUGCAGAAGUUGGAAGCUCAGCCGCGAGCGCUCACUCCUGCGCCCGCCUGCAAGGCGAGCCUGCGCCCGGAGAGCACAGCCCCGGGACGGCCCGGCCGAGGAGCUCCGGCUUUUGUCAUGAUGGCCAGCUACCCCGAGCCCGAGGACGCCACGGGGGCCCUGCUGGCCCCGGAGAACGGGCGCACAGUCAAAGAGCCCGAGGCGCCGCCGCCGAGUCCGGGUAAAGGCGGCGGGACAGCACCCGAGAAGCCGGACCCCGCGCAGAAGCCCCCGUAUUCGUACGUGGCUCUCAUCGCCAUGGCGAUCCGCGAGAGCGCCGAGAAGAGGCUCACCCUGUCGGGCAUCUACCAGUACAUCAUCGCCAAGUUCCCGUUCUACGAGAAGAACAAGAAGGGUUGGCAGAAUAGCAUCCGCCACAACCUCAGCCUCAACGAGUGCUUCAUCAAGGUGCCGCGCGAGGGCGGCGGCGAGCGCAAGGGCAACUACUGGACGCUCGACCCGGCUUGCGAGGACAUGUUCGAGAAGGGCAACUACCGGCGCCGCCGCCGUAUGAAGAGGCCCUUCCGGCCGCCACCAGCGCACUUCCAGUCGGGAAAGGGGCUCUUCGGGUCCGGAGGAGCGGCGGGUGGCUGCGGCGUAGCGGGAGCGGGGGCGGAUGGCUAUGGCUACCUGGCGCCGCCCAAGUACCUGCAAUCGGGUUUCCUCAACAACUCCUGGCCCCUGCCGCAGCCGCCCUCGCCCAUGCCCUAUGCCUCCUGCCAGAUGGCUGCGGCCGCUGCAGCAGCUGCGGCAGCCGCUGCAGCAGCCGGCCCGGGCAGCCCCGGUGCAGCCGCUGUGGUCAAGGGGCUGGCUGGCCCCGCCGCUUCCUACGGGCCGUACUCGCGUGUGCAGAGCAUGGCGCUGCCGCCCGGCGUCGUGAACUCCUACAACGGUCUGGGAGGCCCUCCCGCCGCGCCCCCACCGCCGCCACCGCACUCCCACCCGCACCCUCACGCACACCAUCUGCACGCCGCCUCCGCACCCCCGCCAGCUCCGCCACACCACGGGGCUGCCGCGCCACCCCCGGGUCAGCUCAGCCCCGCCAGUCCGGCCACCGCUGCACCCCCGGCCCCCGCGCCCACCAGCGCGCCGGGCCUGCAGUUCGCCUGCGCCCGGCAACCCGAGCUCGCCAUGAUGCAUUGCUCUUACUGGGACCACGACAGCAAGACGGGAGCGCUGCACUCGCGCCUGGAUCUCUGAGUGUCACCGUGUGCGGGAUCGGCCCCGGAGUGGAGAAGCCGAGCUCGGGUCGCAGCCGCAGCAGCCAGCCGGACAGCACACACUCCGGGACAGCCUUUUGAGCCAGAGCCCUCGAGCCUUCUGCGCGUCCUCGUUCCGUCCCGCUCCUGCGACUCCGCUUUGUCGCCUCCGCUGUUCCUCCGGUGUUCUUCCCCUCCGGGCCUCUGCCUUCGUGCCCUCCUGGCCGGAGGCCGUCCUCUCCGCGCUUUCCGCAGGCCUCCGCUCCUCCCGGAGUCCCGGAGUCACCGCAGGGAGUGUGUCUCUGGCCUAGCUGCGGCCGCGCUGACCUCUUGGCCUUCUCUUUCCAGGUCGGUGGACCUGCGCUCGACUUUCUCCACCCCACAACCGCCGCGCUGUCUGUGGCUAGAAGCGCUGGGCUGCUGGGGUAGCAGGACCCACGCUGCCGGAGAAAGGAAAGAACGUGCCUCGUCGCUCCGCGAUCCCUCCUGGAACUGAUCAGAAGCCGCUUGCAGAGGGGCCCUCUGGGCGGGGCGGAGGUUGAGCCCCAGGCUGGAGCAGGGACUGCCUCGUUCCGCGGCCUGUGAUCCGGUUCACAUCCCCUCGCCUAGAGAGGCCGCCGUGCCUCCGCUCUUCAGGGCACUGCUUCGGGUACCUCCUUGCCAGGGUGGCUGGCUAACGUCUUGCUAAAAAGAUCGGUGAGGUUUUUAAAAUAUAUUUAAAAAAAAUACUUUUUAAGGGGAAAAAAGAGAGAGAGAAUAAAACUUUCAUCGGGAAAAAACAGUGAAGUGUUAUGGCCUUUGCUGAAACCAAACAACAAAAUCAAAAGCUUUAGUUUUUUCAUCGUCCCUGCUGGGAGAUUUGUGUAGAAUUCCUGUAGUCACUUCAGAAGGCUGCGCUGAGAGCCAGGAGAAAAUAACUAGCAAAAAGAAGGGU